AUGUUUGCUUCUAAGCCAGAAGAACCAAAGCAGCAGCAACGGCAGCAGCAGCAAAAGCAGCCGCAGCAGCAGCAAAAGCAGCCGCAGCAGCAGCAGCAGAAUCAGCAACGGCAGCAGCAACAGCAGCAAAGUCAGCAGCAGAAGCAGCAGCAGCAGCAAAAGGAGCAAGAGCAGAAAGAUCAGCAGCAAGCACUUUCACACUCAGAGCCAGUGGAGAAGGGUGCCCCUGUUGAGCAGCAGCAGCAGCAGCAGCAGCAGCCUCAGCCGCCGCAGCAGCAGCAGCAGCAGCCGCAGCCGCCGCAGCAGCAGCAGCAGCAGCCGCAGCAAGCGCAGCAGCAGCAGCAGCCGCAGCAAGCGCAGCAGCAUCGUCGAAAGGACGAGGCGAAGGCGGAAAAACAUCAUGGGCCACAGCAGCAAAGACAGGACCAUAAGCAGCAGCAGCAGCAGCAACAGCAGCAGCAAGACGAGCCGCAGCCGCAGCAGCCGGAUAAGCAGCAGCAACAGCAGCAGCCCAAGGAGCAGCAGCAAAACGAAGGCCAGCAAACGCCUGGAUACAAGUCAAAUUCUGUAGGCCCCAUUCCUGAAGCGUCUGCAGCAGCAGCAGCAGCAGCAGCAGCAGCAGCAGCAGCAACGCCAGCAAGCACACCAGCAGCAACGGCUGCAGUGGCGGAGCCGGAGCCCCCCGCUGCUGCUGCUGCUGCUGCUGCUGCGACUCCUGCUGCAGCUCUGCGCUCGCCUCGUGCAGCUGCCACGAAAGCAGCACUUCGCAGCAGCAGCAGCAGCAGCAGCAGCAGCAGAAGAAGAAGCAAGAACAAGCUUUCUUGGGACCUGCCGCCCGCAGGCGAGAAGUUUCUAAGUGGCCUUGAAAAGCGCAUGCAGCAGGCCGGCAAUAGCCGCAGCACUUCGCAGCAGCAGCAGCAGCAGCAGCAGCAGCAGCAACAGCAGCAGCAGCAGCUUUGA